AUGGAUCCAUCCAAGAUAAUUGAUCGAGCAAAUCUGAAGACUAUUAAAAUUUACGGACAUGUUGCUGGACCGCAACCAUGGAAGGUCGUCAUUCUUCUGAAGCAGCUUGGAAUAGCUUACGACAUUGAGUUUCUCACCGCAGACGAGAUGAAGGUUCCACCAUACAUCGACAUCUGCCCAAACGGCAGAACUCCAACAAUAUUCGACUCGAACACAGGCACCACGUUGUGGGAGUCUGGAAUCAUCAUCGAAUACAUCGAAGACCUCUACGACCACGAUGCGAAGCUCAAAUACACCACCUUUCCCGAAAAGUACCACCAGAAGAACUGGAAAGACUACCAAAUCGCAGGCCACGACCUUUUCCUCGGCCAAAAGGCAUACUUCACAAUGGUCAACUCCUCCAGCCUUCCGGUCGUCUUUCACACCGACCAAGACCUCUCUUCUGUCCAUGAGCACUACGGCAACAUGACGCGCUGGGUCCUCGGAGUGAUAGAAAGACAGUUGAGCAAGACGGGAAAGCCGUACCUAGUGGGAGACAAGUGCACCUACGCCGACCUCAUGUAUAUACCCUUCCACUUAGUCUUGGCCGACAAGUUCAUGCGCAACAUCAAUGAGAACUUCGAGAAGGAGUGGAAAGAAAAGUUCCCUCGCUGCUACAAAUGGAAUGCGCGCUUGAUACAGCGCGAUAGCGUCAAGGAGGCUUUGGUGGAGAAGUAUCGUGCUAUGGACAAUGCCGGGUGGCCCCAGUAG